CCCGCUUUGCCUUGACAUCCAUCUCCGCGAAACAGAAAAAAAAUCGUCAACGAUGACCACAGCCGAACAAUGGACACCUGCAUCUUGGAAGACCAAAACUGUAGCUCAACCCGUCCAUUACACAGGACAGAACGCGGAGAAGCUACCUGGGGUUCUCAACAAACUCUCCAGCUUGCCACCACUGGUAACGCCUGCUGAGGUCGAACGCCUGCGACACCAACUUUCUCUCGUUCAAUCGGGAAAGGCCUUCCUUUUGCACGCCGGGGACUGUGCAGAGAGCUUCGACAGUUGUACAGCAGGCAACAUUGAGAAAAAAGUCGGGUUGAUUCUCAGUUUCUCCCUCGUUCUCGUUUGGGGCGGCCGUAAACCCGUGGUCCGUGUUGGUAGGAUCGCCGGCCAAUACGCAAAACCGAGGAGUAGUCCUAAGGAGAAAGUCAAGGUAAAAGGGGAGAACGGAGAAGAGGAAGUCAGGGAAGUUAUGAGCUUCCGUGGCGACAAUGUGAAUGGUUUGGACAUCAAAGACAGAGACCCAGACCCAGACAGGCUCAUGAGCGCGUACUUCCAUUCGUCGACGACUUUGAACUACAUUCGUGGUCUUCUUUCUUCAGGAUUUGCGAGUUUGUACGGAACACACCCCAGGGACUGGAGCUUGAAGCACGUCCGUUCGGACAGCCUCCGCAACUCUUUCACCGAUAUUAUCGACUCUUUAUCAGAUGCUUUAGAUUUCAGUCAGACUAUUGGAGCUACAAAAGGAGAAAACUUCGAAGGAGGUGCAGGAAGAGGAGGUGCCUUCGGAGAGGUCGAUUUUUACGUCAGCCACGAGGGCCUUAUGUUAGACUACGAAGAAGCCCUUACAAGGAAAAACACCGUGUCUGGAAACUCUGAAACGAACAGUUACUACAACUCUUCUGCACAUUUCAUUUGGAUUGGAGACAGGACGAGACAGCUGGAUGGAGCACACGUAGAAUACUUCCGUGGUAUUCGCAACCCAAUUGGUAUCAAAGUUGGUCCGAGCAUGAAGGGCGAGGAGUUAGUCCGCUUAGUCGAGCUCGUCAACCCCGAUAAAGAACCCGGCCGAGUUACUCUUAUAACCCGUUAUGGUGCUGACAAAGUGGAGACCUACCUACCUGGGCAUAUCAAAGCCAUUCAAGAGUCUGGCCAUCCAGUUGUUUGGGUGUGCGACCCAAUGCAUGGCAACACGCACACUUCUGCUACCACCGGCCUCAAAACACGCUACUUCAAGAGUAUAAUCACAGAGCUUACUGCGACGUUGGAAGUCCACUCGAAGCUUGGAACAUACCUUGGAGGGGCAUCGCUUGAAUUCACUGGAGAGCUCAACGACGAUGGCUACAGUGUGACAGAAUGUUUGGGAGGAAGUAUGGAACUGUCGGAGGAGGAGCUGGGUUUGAGGUACCAGUCAUUCUGCGAUCCGCGACUCAACUUUGAACAGUCACUCGACUUGGCGUUCCUUCUCUCGAACCACUUCAAGCAUGUAAGAAAAAACGGCGAUCAAGGUGAUGCCGCGUUUUCAGGAGAGUUGUACAAAGCAUUGGGCGGCAGGAUGAAGGAGUAA